AUGACGUGGAGUGGGAUGUUGACCAGAUGGCCUUGGGAGGAGGCGAAGAGUCGCCGCGAUGAAAGGGCGAGCACAAGCGCGGGGGCGACCAGGGGGCCUGACGCGGACGACAGGGACAGGCGCAGCGAAGGGCCCCGCCGAUAUAAUAAAUUUCGUACAUUGGACGCGGCGAGAUGGAAUGGAGUCGCAAUCCAAAUACUCGUAAAGGACAUGAUUGAUUGGUCGGACGCGGCGUGCUAUCUGAGGUGGCGUGUCGGCAAGUGGGAGCAAACGGACGUCAGGCCACCUCAUAUUGCAAUCGGGCGGCUAUCUAAUCCAUCGCUCCCUUCAGAACCAUUCCGAAGCGAGACACCGACGAUCGCUGCCUUUGAGUCUCUACCCUGCCCUCUCAUCUCGCUCCGCUACUCCGCCUCCAAAAAUAAUAAACGGCAAGCUAAAAUGCUGAACCCGACUCUCUCCUUCUCGUCGUUCUCCCUGCAUCCACCACCGCUUCGAACCCUAACCAUCUCCUCCCCUGCUCUCCUCUCUCUACGCCGACGUCUUAUCCACAGGAGGCCCCCUUCUCCUCCCUCUUCCUCUUCCUCCAUCAGCCUCUGCGCCCAAACUGAUGCCUCUUUUCUCCACCAACAGUAUCCCCCACAGGAUGACGGCCACUGGGACGCCUCCAACUACGAAGCCCUGCUCCGCGGAGGCGAGCAGGUCACCUCCGUGCUCCAGGACAUGAUCAAACUGUUGGAAGACAUGGACCUGGAUGAGGAUUCUGAGAGGGUGGCAGUCGAGAUCGCUGCGCAAGGUGUCAUUGGGAAGAGGGUCGAUGAGAUGGAAUCCGGAUUCAUGACUGCCAUCGAAUACAUGAUUCAGAUGGCCGAGAAAGAUAAUGACGAGCAGCGCAAGUCGCUCUUGGAGGUGAUUAAGCAAAUAGUGUUAGAUCAUCUGGCCAAGAAAUGCCCACCACAUGUGCAAGUGAUUGGUCUUCUUUGUCGAACACCUGAGAAAGAAAGCAGGCAUGAAUUGUUACGACGAGUUGCUGCUGGUGGGGGUGUAUUUAAAAGUGAUAAAGGCCUUAAGGUGCAUCUCCCUGGGGCAAAUCUUAAUGAUAUUGCCAACCAAGCUGACGAUCUUCUGGAGACAAUGGAAUCGAGGCCAAGUAUUCCUGAUCGAAAAUUGCUUGCAAGGCUUGUGAUUAUUAGGGAAGAAGCUCGUAAUAUGAUGGGUGGUGGGUUAUUGGAUGAAAGGAAUGAUCGUGGUCUGAAUACUUUACCUGAAGCGGAGGUGAACUUCUUGAGUAAAUUGGUCUCCUUGAGACCAGGAAGCAUUGUAGAAGAAAUGAUACGUGAUGUGAUGCAUGGGAAGAAUGAAGGUAAAGACAAUAGCGAUGAAAACCCCAACAGAGAACAGAACGCACUACGUGGUAUUGCAGGAAGGGGAAGCAUAUCAGGUCGCAAGCCGCGGCCUGUUCGUCCAGGAAUGUUCCUUGAAACAAUUUCUAAGGUCUUAGGUGAAAUCUAUUCUGGUAACGUGUCUGGGAUUACAGCUCAACAUUUAGAAUGGGUUCAUCAGAAGACACUGAAAAUUUUACAAGAAAUGGCGUUCUAGUUUACUAGUCAGUUCAGGGCACUAAAGCAAACUGCGCACACAUCAUAAACAAUGAAUGGUCUGCUUGAAGCAUUUCUAGCAUUCAACUUUCAUCGGGCAAUAUGAAGCAAAGGAUCAUAUACAGAUUUGCCAUGUUACUUGGUUGUGCAAAUAUUCUUUCAACCUUCCAUGUGUUUCUAAUCUCUAAAUGAAAGAAGAACAAUCCGCUUCCAACUUCUGAUUCAGUAGGUUGCAAAAUUUAGAAGAGUAAGACAUCGAAGAGGUUGAUUAUGACUUGAUCACAAGUGGCUUUGAAGGUCAGACCACUGUAACAACCAACUCAUGUAUGGUCGUCAGUCUUCUCCAGCUCAAGGAAAAGCGGGCAACAAGGUGCCCAAGAUGCUUGGUGUCUAUAACAAGUAUAGCUCUUAAGUGUGGAGGUAAUGUUCUUAAUGGUGAGGGUUCAAACUUAAAUGUGAUAGGCUUGCGCAAUUGGUGUACAUCAAGUCGGUGUAGGUUUUAUUAGGUUAUUUUUGUACUGACUUCGGUAGUCAACUACUUGUCUCAGAUUAAUCUAUUUAGAGAGAGAACUUAAGUUAAACAUUCA